AUGAGCAACCUAAACAUCAUUGACGAAACCAAUCAAACAACCAUCGAUUACAAGAAGAAGAGAAAGAAACAAAAGGAAUUCAUCCCUCAUGCAAGUCAUGAUACUCACCACUUCUCCUCGCAUGAACCAUCAUCACCAUCCAACAAGAACAAUUCCAGCAACAAUAACACCACCACCACCACAGAUGUCUCUUCCUCCAACAAUUCAAAUUCUAUUGUCAAAAUUUAUGCAUUCGAAAGACCCAUGUUAAGACAACUCAAGGAUUUUGCAGAAAAUUACUUUGUCCUCACACCAACUUGUCAUUCCAAUCAGAGACAGCCUUCUUCUGCAUUUUACAAAGAAGAAACCAUGAAAUGUAAAGAACGACAACAACCUCCUCAACAACGAAGAAAAAGAAGACCAAGAAUGGAAGGAUUGAAUGAGAUGGAGCCGUUAGUACAUUCUUGUUCCAGCUCCACCACCAUGAGUGAUUCUUUCUUUAAUUCUGGAAAUUGUAUUCAUAUGAAUGACAUCUCGAGAAUUUCUUCUCCUGACACUGUGGAUGGUUCAAACAUAAAAUCAUUGGGUCAACAACAAUACUGUCACAUGCCAUCCAUGCAAUGGAUCAACAAUAAUAACUUCAACAAUGAGAAUCCGUCCAUGUUAUUGUUGGAUCAUGUUCCACAACAACAACCUCUUCCUUGUACUCAUCACACUCCAGAGUUGAGAUCUUUGAGUGUUUCACCUUCAUCACAACAGAGUACUGACAGGUGUUUCAACACAGAGACGAUGUCACAUGUCGUACAAGCGUUCAAUCAACAAACUAUUUCACACACCUUCAAUGGAAAUCAACAACAAAUGUCAUUAGGAAUGACAUGUUCCAACACCCAUCAAGAACAACAACAACAAGGAGAGAAUAUUCAUCUUAUUCAUGCGGCACUUCAACUCUAUUUGAAAUUGUCACAAAAUGCUAACAACAAUGAAUACUAG